AUGGUCAUUGUCAACAGGUCCAGAGUCCACCAGCUCGAGGUGCGAUGCUGCGGCUGUCCCGAUGCAAUGAGUCCGGACAUUCAAAUGUUUCGACAUGGCUUGUUCGCUGCAUCUUUCAACAGGCCAAAGACCUUGUUCACAUUCAGUGUUCUCAAUGAUUUUCUGCUGGACAACCUUGAAUGUGGCACCUCGGCAAUGGCAAUGAAUUAUUACAACAAGCUUCGGCAAGUGACCUCAAGCACAUUUCCACACCUCGUGCUGCUCAUGAGGGUCUCCCGGCAGUGGCAACACUUGAAGAACAUGAAGUGGCAUGGCUUCAGCCAUCAUUCCAACCACCGCAAGCCAGGGGACCUAGCAUUGUUCUGCCUGGCAUGUCCUCAGCCCGGCAUUAAUCUAUCUCUGACGACAGAAGAAUCACUUGAUGACUGGAAAUACACCAGGUCGUUCAUGAUGGAUGGGAACUUCAAAGUGGAACACCUACAUCCAAUCAACCUGGACGAUGAAGUAUGGCUGUCCGAUGGAUUUGGAUUUAUGGUUGGAAAGGACAGGUACCAGAGGCAUCUUGCACUGGAGUCCACCGGGAUCAGGGGGGGGGGGGGGGUGGCCUGUACCCGACACGGCUGUUUUGUUCCCCACUUGAUCGUAGAUUUUCAGAAAGGCAAGAGAUUUUCAGAUGAACGAUUCCAAUUUUCGCAAGAUGAUUCGCAUGAAAAGGACGCUCUGCUGGAAAUUCAAAAGGGCGAAGUGUAG